AUGUCCGCCGUGAACUUUGCCCUGGGCGCGCUCGCCGGAGCCGCGGCGACCGCUGUCGCCGCUGACGCGUACCCCUCCAUGAUGCCGUCCCUCGGAUUCUCCCGCCCGAAGGACAUCGAGCUCAAGUACUUCGACAUCGCUGGGGCGGCCGAGAAGGUGCGGUUCACGCUGCUGAUGGGCGGGGUCCCCUUUAAGGAUACCCGAGUCAGCUUUGGGGACUGGGGUAAGAUGAAGGAGACCACCAAGUUCGGCCAGCUGCCGCUCAUGUACCUCAACGGCGAGGAGAAGCCCUACGCGCAAUCGGGAGCCAUGCUUCGGUUCGCGGGAGCAAUCACCGGUUUGAUGCCCAAGGAUCCAGUCCAGGCGUUCAAAGUUGACGAGGCGAUCGGUCUCGACGACGACCUUAGGCGCGAGAUGCGCCCCAGCAUCAUGCUGUCUUACGACCAGACGAUCAAGCCCAAGGAGAAGGCCAGGAAGGUCAAGGAGAUGCGCGAGAAGCUCGCGGCGAACGAGAUCCCGCGGUUCCUGUCGCACUUCGAGAAGAUGCUGGAGAAUAGCGAGUAUCUGUGCGGCUCCUCGGCGACAAUCGCCGAUGCACAGUUCCUCACUACGUGCAGGUGGUUGGGAAGCGGCGUCAUCGACCAUAUUCCCGCCGACAUCACGACCAAGUACCCGAACAUCACCGCGUUUCGGGCGAGGAUGGAGGCCAAGCCGGAGAUCGCGGCGUACCUCAACAAGCCCAAGUGA